AUGCGAGAAUACUACAUCAGUAUAAUUAUAUGUUUAGCGACAACCGUAAUCUCGACUCUCACUUCCGAGCAUGUCGCGAAAUCAUAUUCGAUUUUUCGCAAGGACGGUUCUUGUCAAUAAUAAUGAUAUUGACAAAGCCCAUGGGGUUCUUAACAGGAUCCUGAGAAAUGAAAAGUUUUACGAGAAUGUUCGACGGAAAGAAUAUUAUGAGAAACCUACAGAAGCUCGUCGGAGACUGAGUUUUGAGAGGUGUAAAAGGAUAUACAAUUCAGAGAUGCAGAGAAAGAUAGCAUUUGUCAUGAGAAAGAACAGGGUUGAUCCAUGGCUGAGAUAGCAAGAGCACUGCAGUAUGUCUGGAUCAAGAGUGUGAAGACAGUAUGACUGAAACUAUUUCUCAUGGACUGGUGACAACUGUCGGCCGAGUUCAUCAUGCAGUGUGUAGAUUGUCAUGGAGGAGAGAAGACUCAUCACAUCAAGAGGACAUUGUUCUCCCACUUUCACUGUAUUUGUAGCUAUUAAACCAUAUUGCAAACA